AUGCCGGGCGUCGUCGAAAUGCACGCCGGCGGCGCUCCAGCACCAGGACUGGAAUUUAGUGUCGCACACCAAAAGGUCGAGCUCGAAAUUGAUUUCAUCAACAAAAGUCUGAAGGGAAAUACGGAGAUCACCAUUCAUCCGCAACGGAAGGACUUGAGGGACAUUUAUUUAAACUUUCGCCAGGGCGAGAUUAAGCGCAUAAAUGUGAAUGGGAAAUCUGUUGCGACCUGGGACUAUGCCGAUCCUUGUGAACACAUCCAGCUGUAUGGAGCGCAAUACCACCAGCGAUUAACGCCGAAGCUCGAUUCCCUCCUCAAAAGCCCACGCGAACCCGAGUUAAAAAUAGCCAUCCCGAAAGGCGUGAGAAUUGAGGAGCUAGAUCCAUAUUCGGCAGAGGCGCAGGAACAGAUUGCACUCCAGGGCGCUGGUGAUGAUGUUGAUGGACCAACGAGCGGCCGGGGUGCAGAGGCGAUUCUUCCACGUUUCAAAGCUUUGACUUUGAACAUUGAAUUCGUGGCGGACCGGGUACGCGAUGGACUGCAAUUUGUUGGAGUCGAUACCGGAGAUCGUCGUUACCCACAUGCCUACACUACGAAUUCGCUAGAGACGGGGGUUGGGUGCCCUCUGUUCCCCUGUGUGGAUGAUUCGGCCUCGCGUUGCACUUGGGACAUUUCGAUUUCAUGCCCUUCCACGCUGGGAGACCUCUUUGAUCGCAAGAGCCGUGAUGCUUCCGGCUCCCGCUCAAAAUCCCAGACUCGGCAGAUCUCUGCAGAUGACGAGGGGCUUGACAUGUCUGUGGUAUGCUCUGGUGAGCUGACAGAUGAUAUUGUCGACCCAAAGGAUCCCAGUCGAAAGACAGUCUCAUUCGGAUGUUACGCUCCGCUAUCUGCUCGUCAACUUGGAUUCGCAGUCGGCCCCUUUGAAUACGUCAACUUGGCAGACUUCCGUGAAAGUGAUCAGGACGAACAGCUCGGCCAGAAUGCCAUCCCUCUCCACGCGUUCUGUCUACCCGGCAGAGGUGAUGAGGUUCAAAACACCAGCUUCCCCAUGGCACAGGCCAUUGACUUUUUCUCUUUGUCAUAUGGUUCGUAUCCUUUCUCCAGCUACAAAAUCUGUUUUGUCGAUGACGUUGCCUCGGACACAUUGCCCACGGCCUGCCUGUCAAUAUGCAGCAGCCACCUUCUCUUCCCAGCAGAGAUCAUUGAUCCAAUGUAUGAUUCCACUCGGGCAUUGGUUCAUGCUUUAGCGUGUCAAUGGACUGGAAUCAAUAUUAUCCCCAAUGAACCUGCGGAUACCUGGGUUACGGUUGGAGUUGCUUGGUACAUCACCGAUACAUUCAUGAAGAAGCUUUGUGGCAAUAAUGAAUAUAGAUUUCGUCUCAAGCAAAUGUCCGACCGGAUCUGCGAGUUGGACUAUGAACGUCCUUCGAUCUACGACAUGGGAAAUUUCCUCAAGAUUGACCCAUCCGAGUCCCAGUUCAUUGCCCUGAAGGCACCCCUGGUUCUUUUCAUCCUCGAUCGACGUUUGACUAAGGCCAGUGGCAAAGCCACCAUGUCUCGUAUCAUCUCUCGACUGUUCCUCAAUUCGCGCAUGGGUGACAUACCCAACGGAGCCGUAACAUCGUCUCUGUUUCAAAAGACAUGUGAGCGACUUGGUCAUGCGAAGCUUGAUGUUUUCUUCCAACAGUGGGUUUAUGGUGCCGGAUGUCCCCGCUUCCAGGCCACACAGCGCUUUAAUAAAAAGAAACUCGUGGUUGAGAUGAUGAUCAGGCAAGUCCAAGGUGAUCAACCAGCAGCACGCGACCUUGAUAAGAACGCCUUCCUGCGAGAUGUCAAGGAGGAAAUCCGUCACGUUUGGGCGGGUGCUCUUCAACCUGUGUUUACAGGGUCUAUGACGCUCCGCAUUCACGAAGCCGAUGGAACUCCAUAUGAACAUAUUGUGGAGAUCAAGGAGGGCGUCACCAAGUUCGACAUUCCAUACAACACAAAGUACAAGCGACUGAAGCGGAAUAAAAAGCAGCGCGAACGCGCUGUCGCGAAUGGCGACCCAGAGGCUCAGGAAGAAGUUCUUCUCUACUGUCUCGGAGACGUUCUCCAGACAGAAGAAGAAACUCAAGAAUGGCGUUUGGCAGACUGGACCAAGGAGGACGAGGAGCGUAUGGGCCAGGAGUCCUACGAAUGGAUUCGUAUGGAUGCAGACUUUGAAUGGAUCUGCAGGUUGUCCCUAGGUAUGCCCGGUUACAUGUACUUGUCACAGCUCCAGCAAGACCGAGACGUUGUUGCUCAAUUGGAGUCCCUCCAGUACAUGGCUGCGCAGCGUGAGCAUCCUUUGAUCUCCACCAUCUUCGCUCGCACCCUAAUGGAUAGUCGCUACUUUUAUGGAAUUCGACUGACUGCUGUACGAGCAUUGGUCAAGCACGCCAAGGACGAAGUAGAUUGGAUUGGGCUUUUCCAUCUUGAGAGGGCUUUCCAGGAGUUGUUCUGUCUUCCCGGAUCCCCCAUGACUAAAUCUAAUGAUUUCUCCGACAUGGCCGCUUAUCUUCUUCAAAAAGAGAUACCAGCGGCAAUCUCAAAGGUGCGCGACAACAGCGGUAAGACCCCUUUGCGGGUCAAGCGCUUUCUCUUUGACAAGCUGAAAUUCAAUGACAACUCCAACAAUGCGUACUCCGACAACUAUUAUGUGGCGUCGCUGAUGAACUCCCUCUGUCAUGCCCUGCAAGGCCGCAAUGAAUCUCGACAAGAGGAUGAGUUGGCCCAUUUUGACAUGGAGCGUGUCCUCGAAGCCCAGGCUGAAGAACAGAUAGAGAAGGAUUCUGUUGCCGAGUUCGAUCGGUACCGAAGAAUGGAUGAGUGGUCAGGCUCUUAUCAAAAUUUGUAUGCACGAUCUGCGUUGCAGUGUCAAAUGCAGAUGAUGCAGGCCAAAAUCCAGGAGACAGACCUGAUGCGUUUCGUGCCCUAUACACGCGCUGGGACUUUUGAUCUCCUUCGUGUGCAAGCUUUUGAUUGUCUUGUUGAACUUGAUAUUUCUCAAAUCCCAGACCUCCUUCGCUGGCUCAUUUUCACCAUGACCAGCGACUCGUCUGCCUAUGUCCGUCAUCAUUGUCAGCGGUUGUUUGGUCGGGCAUUAGCUAUGAUUGCAUUUGGCCGCGCUCCGCAGCCCGAAAAUACCCAAAAUGAUGGCUUGAUUAUCGAACAAGAGUCCUCUACUGAGGUCCGACAAGCAGACUUGGCGCGCCGUCAAACUGUUCCCGGUGCAAUUGAGGCUCUUAAAAGGGAACUCUAUCACGAUGCGUCACUGAAGGAAUACCUCUGGGCGGCGUGCAAUGCCCUGCCUAUCGGAUUGCACGAGAUGUCUGAAAUCGCAGAUAUCUGCAACGUCAUGUUUGAACCCGUGACGUCCAAAAAGGCCGUCCUUAAAUACCCUCGCUUCUGGAAUGUUCAGAACUUGGGCAACGGCAAGGUGCGAUUCUUCCGUUCAAAGAAUAUUCGUACCACAUUGGGACCCUCGAAGGACGCCGUCAAGCGGAAGCGUGAGGAACCAGGUAUGCCGCCGCCUGCUCCUCGGAUCACGUUCAAGCAGGCCAAGACGACUUCCACACCCAGCACCCCGUCCUCUACGAGCCUUCCAAAGAUCCACAUUCCCAACCCAUCCCCCGCUCCAGCAGCAGUCAGAACCCCUGGCUCUGCCACGCCAUCAACGCCAUCUACCGGUGGCCCACUGAAGCUCAAACUCAAAUUUGGGCAAAAAUCAAAAUAA